GCAAAGCAUAAGCAAGUCAUCCCAAGUCCGAGAAAAUCACGAACGUUUACUUUUUAUUUUAAAUUGCAUUGUGCGUAGAUUAAUGUGGAUUAUUGUGACUUGACAUUACAUUUCGCGUUGAAAAUGGCUGCAAUUUUACGUGUAAAACGAAAAAAUACCGAUUCUCCACUGGACGCGUUGGUAAUUGCAUGUAAACGCUCAAAAACUGAGGGCUCCAUUUCGGACACCUCACCUGUGGAAACCAUUGUUCAGUUUGCUGGCACCCUUACAGAUCCGACCGAAAAUGUCACAAAGCACGUGGGUAAGUUUCUGGACAAGGAAAAUCUCAAAGCUAGUGUCAAGAGAGUGUCUGAUAGUGAUUAUCCUGCAAAUAUUUCUGGAAAAAUACCUAAAUGGAUAGAUGACAGAUACAAAGUUACUGAUUACCAAUCACUAGAUACAUCGAAUGAUCCAGAGUUUAAGGAUAUGAAUAUGGUACUCAUAGAUGUGGAAGACCUCUUUAGUGUUCAUUGUCAGACAACAGAAGAGCAAGUGAAGGAUGUUCCAGAGGAGGAGCUUCACAAUUAUGUAUAUGAUUUGUAUUGUGCACAAACUUGUAAGGAGUGGUUUGAAAAUGAUGAGAAUAAUAUAUUGGUACUACGACCAGAUUACUUAGAUUCAGUAGAGUUUGAACAAGAUGAUCAAUCUUCGGAUUCUAAUGCAGAAUCAAAUUGGAGAAAUGAUUAUCCCGAUACAGAUCCUGAUCGUAGAUCUGAAUCAUCAUUGAGUGAUUAUCUCGAUAUUUUCAACGACGACAAUGAAUGUUAUGAAUAUAGAAGAACUAAAGAUAUUUUUGAUGUUCUAUUUCGCAAAAGAAACGAAGAGAGCAUUAGUUCACACAGCGAUUUGGAGAGUAUGUCAGAUGAAGAUGAAAUAUCUUCUAAUGAAGAAACAUCAGAUGACGAAAGGACGGAAGAGAAAUUCCAUACAUUGUCAAUAAAUGAUUAAGACAUCUAUCCAUAA